UGAAAAGGAGCCGCACCCAUCUGUAAUCUCCCACAAAUCUCCUUCAUUCCACCUCCCUCGUCCUCUCCUUUAACAGCUGACACCACUGCACCUGACCAGCGGCGUCUCUCCCUUCAACCCAUCACACGACCAUGGACCGGUCCACGCAGGAACUAUUCCUCAACUUCAUGAUCGUCUUAAUCACCGUGCUGCUGAUGUGGCUGCUGGUGAGAGCUUACCAGGAGUGAACCACGGAGCUCGAAGUGAAGAGUGAAUGGGAGGCAGAGAGUUGCAGCGAUGUUGGCGUGUAACAAAGCCAGUAUGGAUACUAUAGGACUUAGUGCAGACAAAGUGUUUACAUCUUUUCAUUACUUUAGACUAAGAUCACUUUGGCUGACAAAGACAAAGCGGUCUUGAAUCUGUACUUGCAUUCUGAUAUGUUUGAAUGUGGCCUUCAAUUCUGGCAAGUGCCAGAAGGUUAAAUCAUUGUACAAUUGGGAAGGUGAAUAAAAAUAACUGAACUGGGA